GGGAGAAAAAAGAAAACGGAGAAAGAAAGAAAAUAUCUUGCAAUUACCGAAUAAAAACUAUAUUAUUUUUCCAAAACAUAUCUUUGCAUAUUGACAAAUCCAAACUAUAUAUACAUUCCUCUUUUUCUGGAAGAGUGAAGAAGACUUGUUAUUACAGACGCUCAGUUAUCGUUCGCUGCGUAUGACCGUCGCUUUGGUGGCAAGCUCGACAAAGUCUGCUAUCUUUUGGUGUUUGGUUUCUGAGGUGCCUAAGUCAAGACAAGAAAAGGAAUUGAAUAUCAAGUAGUUAGUGGUGAUUUCAUCGUCAGAUCAGAGGUAUUAAAUAAAAGGUUUUUGGAGUAAUUAAUCGUCUGCAACGUGCCUAAUGGCUACUUUGGAAGCUGUUCGACAAGUUCUAUCUGGGGCAUUACCUCGCCUUGGCUGUUUUGAUCUAUCUUUCAGCAAGGUAAAUGGAUUAAUCUCAGUUCAGUCCGGUGUAAAUAAUACACGGAAAAGUUCAGUGUGUGCCCAAGUGCAUAAACAUUCGAGAAUUUCACAGGACCGCAGGAGAAAAUGUGCGUUCCAGGCUAGAAACGGUGUUUUUCAUGGAAAAAAUGAUGUUAGUAGGUUGAAUUCUAUGAGUUGCAAAUGUCAAAAGGCAGAAAGUCUUACUGGGGCAACUGCAGAAGAUCAGCAUAGGGACUUGCUAGUAGACAACUCAGAUAAAGCAACAUCGAUUCCUCCUAAUGGUAUAACUAGUCCAGGUAUUAAUGAAUUUGAGGUGGAUCAACAACUGAAACAUGAAAAGGGAGGUUUUGGAUCAAAUGGUAAGCCGGCUACAGCUGGAAAACAUAAAGAUUUUACACAGAAGGUUAGGACCAAUUCAAUUGAGGACGAAGCAUGGAAAUUACUGAAGAACUCCAUGGUCUAUUAUUGUAAUAAUCCUAUUGGAACCAUUGCUGCUAAUAAUCCAAGCUCUACUAGUACUCUGAACUAUGAUCAGGUCUUUAUUCGUGACUUCAUACCUUCUGGGAUAGCUUUCCUUUUAAAAGGGGAGUAUGAUAUUGUGCGGAACUUCAUUCUUCAUACCCUUCAGCUGCAGAGCUGGGAGAAAACCAUGGAUUGUUAUAGUCCUGGUCAAGGACUAAUGCCUGCCAGUUUUAAGGUUCGCACUGUUCCACUCGAUGGUGAUGAUUUUGCAACUGAAGAUGUUUUGGAUCCUGACUUCGGUGAAGCUGCUAUUGGUCGUGUUGCCCCUGUUGACUCUGGGUUAUGGUGGAUUAUAUUGUUACGGGCAUAUGGAAAAUGCUCUGGAGAUCUUUCAGUCCAGGAACGAGUUGAUGUGCAAACAGGGAUAAAAAUGAUUUUGAAGCUGUGUCUUGCUGAUGGUUUUGAUAUGUUUCCAACAUUACUGGUCACAGAUGGUUCAUGCAUGAUUGAUCGCCGCAUGGGAAUUCAUGGCCAUCCUUUGGAGAUUCAGGCACUGUUCUACUCAGCACUACUUUGUGCACGUGAGAUGCUUGCUCCAGAGGAUGCAUCAGCUGACCUUACGCGAGCACUAAACAAUCGUCUGGUUGCAUUAUCAUUCCAUAUCAGAGAAUAUUACUGGAUUGAUAUGAGAAAACUCAAUGAAAUUUACCGAUACAAGACAGAGGAAUACUCAUAUGAUGCUGUUAAUAAGUUCAAUAUCUACCCUGAUCAGAUUCCAUCCUGGCUGGUGGGAUUUAUGCCGAGUACAGGUGGGUACUUGAUUGGCAACCUGCAGCCUGCUCACAUGGACUUUCGUUUCUUUUCUCUUGGAAACUUAUGGUCUAUUGUAAGUAGUCUUGCAACAUUGGAUCAGUCUCAUGCUAUAUUGGAUCUUAUUGAAGCAAAAUGGGAUGAAUUAGUGGCAGAUAUGCCGUUUAAAAUAUGUUAUCCUGCUCUUGAAGGCCAGGAAUGGCAAAUCAUCACAGGCAGCGAUCCCAAAAACACUCCCUGGUCUUACCAUAAUGGAGGUUCUUGGCCAACAUUGCUUUGGCAGCUCACUGUGGCAUGCAUAAAGCUUAACAGACCAGAAAUUGCAGCAAAGGCGGUCGGGCUUGCUGAGAAGCGCAUAUCUCUUGACAAUUGGCCUGAAUAUUAUGACACUAAGAGAGCAAGAUUUAUUGGAAAACAGGCACAGCUGUUUCAAACUUGGUCAGCUGCCGGAUACCUUGUGGCAAAGCUCCUCCUCGCCAACCCAAGUGCAGCAAAGAACCUUGUGAAUGAAGAGGAUUCAGAGCUUAUAAAUGCAUUUUCAUGCAUGAUAAGUUCCAGUCCAAGAAGAAAACGUGGUUGGAAAAAGCAGAUUUUAGUUUGAAGCAGAGAGGGAUCUGGUGGAGAAUUCAAGUCGCAAACAUUUCUGAAGUGAACCCUGCAGCCGCAAAUGAAGUGAAGCGUGGGACAGAGGUUUAGGAUUAGUUCAACUGCAACCAAGGAUGAAAAUAUCAGCCGAUAUCCCGAUAUGUCCCUUCUUUUAAGGUGUCGAUACAGAUACAAGGGGGUAAGCCUAUUUCUUGCCCCUUAUCGGCGAUAUAUCCCCGAUAUCUUCGAUAUUUACCGAUGUUUACCGAUAUUUCCUGAUACCAGACAAAUAACCCAAAAAUUGAUCUUCAAUUUUGGAAGUAAUCAUGGGUCCCACCCACUGAAUCAAUGUAAAAAACCAAGCUCUAAUACUUAGUAGCUUCUCCCUUCUUCUCGUCUCAGUCAUUUCGGCUAUCUUUGGCUCUUUCGCUCUCUCUGGUUGAUCGGUUUCUUGUGUGUUUGAUUUUAUUUUUCACCUAAUCUUCUAUCUCUCAUUUCCUU